GCGCGCAGCACCGGGGCCGCGGCCGGUGCAACCGGGGCCUCCCCCGCCCUCCCCGCCCAGCGCUCGCCCCGGGCCGCCCGCCCUCCCUUCUCCCUCCCUCCCCCCCGCCCCGUCCCCCGCAGCCGGGCGGGGGAGGAGGAUGGAAACACCCUUCUACCAUGAUGAUGUGUUGAGCGGCCUCGGCAGCGGCUUCGCCCCGUCCUCCGGUAGCACCGGGCUCCUCCUGCCCUUCCCCGGCGGCAGCAUGAUGAAGAAAGACGGGCUCGGGCUGGCGCUGCCGGAGCAGGUGGCGGCGGCGCUGAAGGCGCCCGGCGCGGCGGCGGCGGCGGGCCCGGCGGCGGGCGGCGAGGCGGCGGCGGCGGCGGGGCUGCUGGGCUCGGCCGAGCUGGGGCUGCUGAAGCUGGCGUCGCCGGAGCUGGAGCGGCUCAUCAUCCAGUCCAACGGGCUGGUGACCACCACGCCGACCAGCGGGCAGUUCCUCUACCCCAAAGCGGCGGCCUCCGAGGAGCAGGAGUUCGCCGAGGGCUUCGUCAAGGCGCUGGAGGACUUGCACAAGCAGAACCAGCUGAGCGGCGGCGGCGGCGGCGCGGCGGCCGCCCCGGGCGGCGGCGGCGGCAGCGGCGCGGAGCUGCCCGCCGCCGGGCUGGCCCCGCCGCCCGAGCCGCCGGUCUACGCCAACCUCAGCACCUACCCGGCGGUGAGCUACGCGGCCGAGCCGGGCCCCUUCGCGGCGCCGCCGCCGCGGCUGCCCCCGCCGCCGCCGCCGCCGCUGAAGGACGAGCCGCAGAUCGUGCCCGAGGUGCCGAGCUUCGGCGAGAGCCCGCCGCUCUCGCCCAUCGACAUGGACACGCAGGAGCGCAUCAAGGCGGAGCGGAAGCGGCUGCGGAACCGCAUCGCCGCCUCCAAGUGCCGCAAGAGGAAGCUGGAGCGCAUCUCCCGCCUGGAGGAGAAGGUGAAGAGCCUCAAGAGCCAGAACACGGAGCUGGCCUCCACCGCCAGCCUGCUCCGCGAGCAGGUGGCCCAGCUCAAGCAGAAGGUGCUCAGCCACGUCAACAGCGGCUGCCAGCUCCUGCCGCAGCACCAGCACCAGGUGCCCGCGUACUGAGGGGGCCGCCCCGACGGGGGGGGGCGGGAAGCGGGGUGGGGGGACGCCUCGCUGCCCCCCUUUCCUCCGCCGCGGACUCGGAGCUGGGCGCUCGCCGACCCCCCCCCGGACAGACCUGGGAGGGGAGCGAAGGCGCCCCCCCCCCCCCCCAACAAAGACUCGCGGUGUGGACUGAGCGCACCGGGGCGGCCCCCGCCCUCCUCUUCCCGGCCCGGGACGGACUCAGCGCCCUCCCCGCCGUCGGGGCUGGGCUCCCCGGGCCGGAAAACCCCCAUGGACUUGGACGUACCGGGGCCGCGGAGGGGAAGCAACCCCCCCCCCCCCAGCCGCCUUCACCGCGCCGCCCUUCGCGGGCAUGGACUGGAGCGAACGGGGCUCGACCCCCGACGGACUGAGGGGCGCCGGGACCCCCCCGGACACCCCCCUCCAACCCCCCCCUUCCCCCGACGGACUGAGGGGCGCCGGGGCCCGCCCGGGGCGGCGGCGGCCCCGCGCCCGCCACAUUCCAGUGAGGCCCCAGUAAAGCCCCGCGCCGGGA